AUGGCUGCCCUCUCGGAAUGGCAGAGCAUCCUUUCGCAGCUCCAAUCAAACUUUUCGACGCUCAAUGAGAGCCUUAAAGUUGAUAAGCAAUUCUUAGCCUUUAGCGAUACGAAUGAGUUGAAAAGAGACAUUACCUUCGGUUGGACGUCCACUAGUUCAUCCGAUGCCGUUUUAUGCACCGUCUCAAAGGCCAAGGCACUCGUCAGGAGUGGAAACGCAGCUGAAGCCGAAUUCAUUCUUUCGGCUAGGCCAGAACAAUGGCGCAUGUUUUACGAACCGAUACCAAAAUCGCCAUUUCAAUCCUAUUGGGGUAUGUUCGGACAGAAUAUCCAUCAAGAAGGCGUGGAGGUGGUUGGAAACCAGGAUCUGUUUGUUCAGAUAGGGGCUAUCUGGCGAAGAGUACUGGAACUGAGCCACGAGGUUCUUCAUGGCCUAAUCAAAGAGGAUGUACAAGAUGAACAGGAAGUGGAUGUCCUUGUGGGCCGCUACAUCUUCAUCAAUACUUUAUGGGGCCGGACGAAACUUUUCUACGAGCAAAGCGGAGAUGCUGGCAAUGUACCAAUUCUGUUCUUGCACACGGCUGGAAGUGAUGGACGUCAAUACCACGGCGUUAUGAAUGACAGUAGAAUGUUGGCGAAAUACCACAUGACAUCGAUCGACCUGCCAGGCCACGGUCGGAGCUUUCCUGCAACAGACCAGAUACCGGGUAAACAUUGGAACACUGAAGAUGCGUAUGUGGGAUGUAUCAAGGAGAUUAUAACCGCCCUCGGACUCUCGAAGCCCAUCGUUUGUGGUGCAAGCAUGGCUGGACAUGUCUGUUUGGCUGUUGCAACACGUGCAGACGAGGUAGGCGCAGGCGGAGUCAUUCCAUGCCAGGCCUCGGAGCAUCUCGAUAUGAACAGGCAGUAUUGGGAUAGGUCACCGUUCGUCAACCAAGCUCUGUUCAACCCUGAAUGGAUUUAUGGUAUGAUGGCUCCCACAGCGCCCAGAAGAAAUCGGGACCUUGUCUGGCACACCUAUUCGGGACAAGCGUACUCUAUAUUCCAUGGCGAUUUGGACUUCUAUUUUGGCGGAUGGGAUGGCCGUGGUCGGGUUGAACACAUUGACACACAAAGAUGCCCAGUAUACAUGUUGACUGGAGAGUACGAUUGGAGUAAUACCCCAGAGAUGAGUAGGAUCACGGCAGCCAAGAUUCCCGGAGCGAAGUUCUCUGCGAUGACAUCACUUGGACAUUUCCCUGCGACGGAGAACCCCCAUCGUUUCGUUGGGUAUCUACUGAAAGCUAUGGAUCACAUCGUACAGACAAGGGCCUGUACGCAAGCAUGA